ACUGCCUGCAGAAAAUAAACCAAAUAAAUAGCGAAAAAUGUUGCAACAAAAUAUUUUAGAUCAACUUAAACAAUUUAUAGAAACAGUUAGCAGUGGCCACACCAAUCCACAAUUGCUAACAAAACCCUCGCUCAUCAAACUAGCUUUGGGAUUCCUCGAUGAGUUGCCGGCGACUCGGGAUAUUGUAUUUGAUUACUUUGGCAUACUGGCGGAGAUUGGAGUGCAGCUGUAUGUAUCACCCGAGAUGAUGGACCAAAAGACGGGCAUGCCAGUGUCCCAAAUCAAACAAGGCGGCAAUCGACAACAACAACUGCGUGCGGAGGAAUACGAAAGCUUCAAUAUGGUCAAGACAUCGUUACAAAAUCUGGUGUGGAAAGGUCCGCCCGCCUGGUCGCCGCUCAUAGCCAACUGGAGCUUGGAGCUGGUGGCCAAGUUAUCCGAUAAAUACACACAACGACGCAUGACAAUUACCGCAUCCUGUAAUUAUUGGCUGGAAUGCAGUGCAAUGCAUGGAUUGCUCACACUCAUCAACAGUUGCUUCCGUAAGCUGAGCAACACGGAAGCCGAAUCCUGUGUGGAGACCAUGCUGAAUGCCUUCCAUCGCUAUCCCAUGACCUUCGAUUGGAUUGUGGCCCGUCUUGGCGGUUGUUUUCCCUACAAGAUCAUCAUGCAGAUUCUACAGUGUGGCAUCAAACGUUUUGUCGAGGAUUAUCGCUGUCAUUUGGACUCGGAGGCGGGUAUUUUGGACUACAUGACAUCCUGCCAUGAGCAGCAGCUGUGUGCCGCAUUUCGUGAGAUGCUCAAAGAUGGCCUAUCACCCAAGAAACCACUCGAUGUGGCCAUUGUUCCAUUUCUGCUGAUUACCACCAAUUACUCGGAUGCCAUUCUACAGAGUUUGGUUAAUGUGUUCAUUGAGAUAUUCACCGAUGACAUGUGCGAUGCAAUUGUCCAAAAGGCGCCGCUUUGGCUGAGCAACAAGAUGUUUGCGGACAUGCAACCGUCUCUAAAUAAUGCCGUGCUGCGUCUCAAUCAACACGGUGCCAAGCUGCUGCUCAUGGUGUCCAGUAUGGCCGAGAAGUAUGUGUGGUGUCAGGACUUUCUGGACAGCUCAAUGCAGGAAUUGGAGCAGUGGGUGCUCAACAUGCGCAAUUUUCCACUACUUGCCGAUUUGGCCUUUGAGGAGACCAAGUAUAUGCUUUGGAAAAGCUGCCUCAGCACAAAUCUCUUGGAACAACAGACCGCAGUGCGUUUGCUACUCGUUGUGUCCUCACAACAUCCACAUAUCUAUUAUCAAACCAUAUCACAAUUGCUGCGCAAAUCCUAUGCUCAACAUCCCAGUACAAUUGGUGCUCUAAUGCGCUUGCUUGGUGGUCAGAGCGGUGUACUCAACUUUCCCAGUAUUACAAAGGGUUUUAAAAUGGCCCUGGAGGAUAUAACGCUGCAGGAACAGGUGAACAAUCGGCUGCCCAUGGAACCUGGCACUCCAACGGAGGCAUACAAUACAUUCUACAAUCUCAAUAUGUUGGCCAAAAUGCAGAAGAAGAAUCACUUUCCACAUGUGAAGCCUCAGCUGCUGACACAAUCGUUAAACGAAUGUCUGCCCAAGAUUAUACAAAUUCUCGACUGCACCAUUCAAAAACUAGUGCUCAAAAUGGACAAGGAUGCCGCUGAACGUAGUGCUGAGAAGUUUAAAUUGCAGCAGGCCAACAACAACAACAAUAAUAAUAAUCAUGAUAUGUACAAUAGUAAUGAUGUCAUAAAGCGACCCAAACUAGAGGAAAGCGAUGUGACUAAUGUGACACUUGAGUCACAGGAUGCAGCGCGCAUGCGUUUGGCCCAUUUAAUUGUGGACCUGUUGAACAACAUUGAGGCAGGUGCACGUUCGAAUGUACUACGUACUCCAUUGGUUCUUAAACUGGCCGUGCUCAGUGUCAAGUACUUUUUUGUUGGACUUACCGAGCAGACUGUCAUUCGUCGUGCUGCAGCUGCUCAUCGUUCCUAUGCUUUACUUCAACGUCAGUGCACAGCUCGGAAAAUUGCUCGGACUGUUUGUUUGCGUGAGCUCGUGGAGAGUGCGCUCUUUUAUCAUGGUCAUUUGCUUGGACAGCUGGAGGAAUACGAAUUGGAUGAACUGAAAAUACCAGAACAAGAGCUGCUUAUACUACAGAAUUUACACACCAGCUCCGGCACAAACUCCAAUCGUUCAGUGCUACAUUCGGGCAUUAUAGGACGUGGUUUGCGACCUGUGUUGCCCACAAAUAACCAAAGCUGCGAUGCCGAGAAGCAAGCAUUGUAUCUAAAGGCCUUAAAUGCCUGCUGCACAGAUCUGGACAAACCCAACAAUGUUGAGGGUUAUUCGCUGGUUUCGUUGACGCUUGUGGAACUGGUUUCAACGGAUGUUAUGUACAAUGGACUGCCCUUUCCGGACGAGGAGUUCACUCGCGUCACCAUGGAAAGGGAUAUGCAAAUACGACGUGCCUUUAUUACCUCACCUGUGCUUUGGGCUGUGCUCGGUUUGAUUGCCACACACAGACCUGCUUUGUGCUACUCCUCCGUGUUGUUGCGCGCACUCUGUGCCACAUGUCUGCAUCAUUGGCGUGGCAAGAAUGUUAACAAAUACCAGCCAACGGCAGUCAACGAUGAGCUCAUGUUGUGCACCAAAAAACUGCUGCAAUUGCUGGCCAUGAGUCAACUUAUACCACCUCCACUCGCUAAUCUGCACACGAUUAUUGAACACUUUGAAGCGCCAGAGAUUGCUGUGCUGUUGCGUGAAUGCAUUUGGAACUAUUUAAAGGAUCAUGUGCCAUCGCCAGCGCUCUUCCACGUGGACAACAAUGGUCUGCACUGGCGCAACACGAGUCAAGCCAAAGUGGCGCCUCAAUAUGUGGACACGCUGCGUCAACUGAUGCAAAAGAAGCUGAAUAAACUAGGACCACAUUAUCAUCAGAUGUUUAUCAUGAGCGAUCUGCAUGUGGCAAAUCCCAUUCCAAUUCCAGCAGCAACAAUUGCAGAACCAACAACAGCAAUAGCCAAAACUAGCAUUGAAGUUGUGGAAUUGGAUUAAUAGACAAUUAGUUAGCUGUAUGUUAAGCGUAGUCAAUAAGUUUAUGUGAAUUGAAGACUUCCAAGACACAAAAAUAAACAAAAUCAAACAUUUGACAUGGA